AUGGCGGCGGCGCCGAGGCACAGCUGCGCGAAGCUCUCGGUGGCGGUCGAGGACCCCAAGGCGCCGGGCGGCGGCGGCAUAUUCGUGAAGGCCACGUGGCUCCCCACCCGCUUCUCCCUCGCCGUCACCGACGGCGCCGGCGCCUGGGUCGCCGACGCCUCCGACGCCGAGGUGCGCCUCCGGGCCGAGCAGUGGGACCAGCCCGUCUCCGAGUACCUCGCCCUCGCCGAGCGCUACCUCGCCUUCCACCAGCCCUCCUCCACCUACUCCUUCCACGAGGCUGGCGCCGGCCGCAGGUUGUCAUGGACAUUCGAAAAACAAGGUACCAAGCUGGAAUGGCGUUGGAAACUGCAGCCGGCACCCCACCCACAACAGACUAUUGCUGAGGUCUUGGAUUUUCUUAUGGAUGCAAAUAUACGCUUGAGUGAAGAGGUUGUCAGGAAGACACAAUCAUUUGAGAAGGUCAAACAAGAAGCUGAGAAUUGCUUGCAACAGAGUGAAAGAUUUAACACCGAGAAGGCUGAGUUUGAGCAAGCCUCCUUUACAAAGUUCGUGGCCGUUCUGAACUCGAAGAAGGCCAAGCUGAGACAGCUCAAGGACAGAAUCGCGGCGCUCGAAUCCGCCGACAAGGCUACAAAGGAGGAGGAGGAGGAGGAGGAGGAGGCGGGCCACUCCACCGACAGGACAGAGCCUAUCGAGGAAGGGAGCGACAAAGAUCACAGCGUCAACGACGAGCCCUCGGAGACGGGCAGCGGCGGCGACCCCCACAGCUCCCCCGAGAAGUCCGCCGCCGCCGCCACCUCCAGGGGCCGGAGGGGGCGCAAGAGGACGCGGAAGUGA